AAAUGAAGUGCCUCCCUCGCCGUUGCCUUGGCAACUUGAUGUCACGGUGACAUCACACACCACUAAAAGCUUUUAACAGGAUUCCUCUCCCGCCUUAGGCCCCAUUUUGAGUCCUCUUUCAGCUAGGCUAGGGGGAAGGGCACAGGCAGGACCGUGUGUGUGCCUGCAUGCAUGUAUCAAUCCCUCACUGCAGAUUCAACACGGCUCUUAGCAUAGUAAAAGGCUUUCAAAUUCAACCUCUAAAGGUCCUCUUUCUGCAAAACAGCCAGCACAGGCUCAGAGAAACCAUUUAAAAAAUGGCAACAGAGGACGGUUUCAGCUACCUAUUGGCAGGUCACAGUGAGAAACACAGACGGGCCCCGAACUGGACCGACGGUGAAAUGAAAGCCCUCCUGUACGUCUGGGAGGAACAUCACAACGAACUGAAAAUGAGCAAGAGGAACGCCAAGGUUUACGAGAAGAUGUCCCAGAGGUUUUUCCAGCUGACCGGAGAGCAACGUUUCAAGGAGGAGAUCAAGAUGAAAAUCACCAACAUGUCAUUUCAGUACAGGAGACUGAAAACCGUAGCCAAUGAAAGUGGGGAGACGCCGGACUGGCCAUACUAUAAGCCCAUCGAGAAGAUCCUCUCCAAGCCGCUGGAAAACGGACGUGUGAUCUCUUUGGAGUAUCAGGGUUCAACUGCAGGCCCGUCCACUUCCUCCCAAUCUACAGACAUCCUGGUGCCCCAGACAGAGGAGGGAAUGAUGGGAUAUCUGCCAGAGUACACAGGCUCCUCAGAUGAGAUGGAGAUAAAACAAGAGCUUGACUCUUUGAGCUCUGACAGUGAGCACACACAAGGCUCCAGCUCUCACCCUACUCCAGCCAGGAAAAAACGCGGCAACAGGCAUCUGUCCAUGAAGAGAAAGAAAUUGCGGGUGAUGCAGGCCAUGCUACAGCAACAAAAGAAGUCGGGCCGGGCCAUAGAGGAGACGUGUCGUGAGGUCCGUCGAGCCGUGAACCAACAGAACCUCAUCCAGGUUCAGUGUUUGCAGCUUCAGGAGCGUAUGAUGAACCUUCUGGAGAAGAUGAUCCAGCCUUCCACCACUUCAGCACCAUAGGGGCAUACCGGGGUCAAAGAUUCAGUGAAGCCAUGAAGUGCCAGCGUUAUGGUUGUCUGGAAGAGAUCAUGGUCUUACUUAACCUAUAGCCUUGUUAAAGCAAGAAUAAAGCAUAUUUGUUUUAGAUUUCAGUUGGACAUGGACAUUUUAUAGGUUUAUUGUGUUGCAUACAUCAAACUGUAGGUCUGCAAAGUAGGAGACGUAUGCUGUUGAAUUUUUUUUUUUAGGAUGUCAUGAGCCUGAAGAUGGCUAUAUUAAUAACCAUAAAGACAUAUGACUGUAUAACAUCUUUCAUUCUAGGAAUAGCUGUAUCAGAUUGUUUUGUCUUGAUAAUUUGUCAAGUACAGUGUUAAAAACACUGUGGGAGCAUCAGAGUUGCAAAAACAGACAUAUCUUGUCACUUCAUUUUUCACUGUGCUAGGAUAAUUACAAGUUGGGAAUGCUUGAUGCCAAAACAGGGCAAUUUGCCACAUUUAUUAAGUCAAUGCAUGAUUUCUGCUGUUUUUGAAGUGAAUCUGUCAGCAAAAGGCAACACAAACAGCAACCCUAGAGUUUAUGACAAUGACCACAAUGGGUUAAGGUAUACUUCCUGCAUUUCAACUAAUAUCAUUUCCCAAGGUAAAUCUUAUUUAGAUGCAAUAAAUAAAAAUCUGACAAACAA